AUGAAGUUCUACUCUGUUGCUCUCGCCAUUAUGGUCGCCUGUUCGACCCAAGCCGUCGCUGCCCGCGGUCUUCAGAAGUGGUGCGGUCACCCCGGUCAGGGCUGCUACAUGAUGAAGCGCACCGCCGACGUUACUGGCGACGUUAAGCGUUCCGCCGAUGCCCUUGCCGAAGCUAUGGCUGAGGCUCACCCCGCUGCUCUUCAGAAGUGGUGCGGUCACCCCGGCCAGGGCUGCUAUAAGGUUAAGCGUGCUGCUCUCGCUGUUGAUGAGGUUAAGCGCUCUGCUGAGGCUCUUGCCGAUGCUAUGGCUGAUCUUGAUGAUGAGGAGUAG